CCGCUGCGUGCGUGCCCUAGGGUGAGCUAGAAGAGCCUGAGGCUACCGACGCCGCCUCACCGACCAUGUCCUCCGUGGGGCCGCGGCAGCCCCAGGCAGAAACCCCACCCUGGCCUGCAAGGGUGCCUCCGGGGCUGCUGCAGCUCGGCCCCAGCGGCGUCGCGCUGCUGCUUUGCGGUCUCGUCACGCUGCUAGGCUGGAACUGGCUGCGGUGGCACCGACUACGAGGCAUCCCCCCGGGGCCAACACCCUGGCCCCUAGUGGGCAACUUCGGCCACGUGCUGCUGCCACCCUUCCUGAAGAGGCACAGCUGGCUGAACCGCAGGGCUAGGGCCGAGGGGAUGGACGUCAAGGCCCUGGCCCCGCAGGUGCUCCUGGCUGAACUGGCCCGCGUGUACGGCAACAUCUUCAGUUUCUUCAUCGGCCACUACCUGGUGGUGGUCCUCAACGACUUCCACAGCGUGCGCGAGGCGCUGGUGCAGCAGGCAGAGGUCUUCAGCGACCGCCCGCGGGUGCCGCUCAUCUCCAUCAUAACCAAAGAGAAGGGGGUUGUGUUUGCACAUUACGGUCCAGUGUGGAGACAACAGCGGAAGUUCUCUCAUUCAACUCUUCGUCAUUUUGGGUUAGGCAAGCUCAGUUUGGAGCCCAAGAUUAUUGAGGAGUUCAAAUAUGUGAAAGAGGAAAUGCAGAAGCAUGGAGAAGAGCCCUUCUGUCCUUCCCCCAUCAUCAGCAAUGCUGUCUCUAACAUCAUUUGCUCCUUGUGCUUUGGCCAGCGCUUCGAUUAUACCAAUAGUGAGUUUAAGGAAAUGCUUGGUUUUAUGUCACGAGGGUUAGAAAUCUCCCUGAACAGCCAGCUCCUCCUGGUUAACAUAUGCUCCUGGCUUUAUUACCUUCCCUUUGGACCAUUUAAGGAAUUAAGACAGAUUGAAAAGGAUAUAACUAGUUUCCUUAAAAAAAUCAUCAAAGACCAUCAAGAGUCUCUGAAUGGAGAGAACCCUCAGGACUUCAUAGACAUGUACCUUCUCCACAUGGAGGAGGAGAGGAAAAAUAACAGCAACAGCAGUUUUAAUGAAGAUUACUUGUUUUAUAUCAUUGGGGAUCUUUUCAUUGCUGGGACUGAUACUACAACUAACUCUUUGCUUUGGUGCCUGUUAUAUAUGUCACUGAACCCCGACGUACAAGAAAAGGUUCAUGAAGAAAUCGAAAGGGUCAUUGGUCCCAACCGAGCCCCUUCCCUCACAGACAAGGCCCAGAUGCCUUACACUGAAGCCACCAUCAUGGAGGUACAGAGGCUGACUGUGGUGGUGCCGCUUGCCAUUCCUCAUAUGACCUCGGAGAGAACAGUGCUCCAAGGGUAUAACAUUCCUAAAGGCACAAUGAUCUUGCCCAACUUAUGGUCAGUACACAGAGACCCAGCCAUUUGGGAGAAACCAGAGGAUUUCUACCCUAAUCGAUUUCUGGAUGACCAAGGACAACUUAUUAAAAAAGAAACCUUUAUUCCCUUUGGGAUAGGGAAGCGGGUGUGUAUGGGAGAGCAACUGGCAAAGAUGGAAUUAUUCCUGAUGUUUGUGAGCCUGAUGCAGAGCUUCACGUUUGCCUUACCUAAGAAUUCUGAGAAGCCCAUCCUGACUGGAAGAUUUGGUCUAACGUUAGCCCCACAUCCAUUUAACAUAAUCAUUUCUAAGAGAUGAAGAGCAUCUCCAAGAAAAGAUGGCAAAAAGAUACAUAAAUGAAUAAUUAUAAAAUAUAUAAAUCUGUGUCCUUCUAAACAGAUUCUUCCAUAUCCAAGUUAGGCUCCAAUUAGAGACAGACUGGAUAAAGGGUAGAGCCCAAAGAAAUUUUCCGAGGAUUCCUCUGCUGGAUACUUUGGCCACGUUAGUAAUGCAUGUCUGUGAUUUGGGGAAGGGGGACCAAACCACCAAGGAAACAGGAAAUCUGGAUUUUAUUUGCAGUGACUUCUACCAAUAAGCCUAUCUUGUCAUUGCUCAGUGCCUCAGACAUCUCAUGUGUGACAUGAGGGUAACACCACUUGCCUUUUUUCUACCUCUCGGUACUGAUGAAGGUCAAAUGCCUCAAAUAUUUUCUGAUAUCACAAAAAUGCCGUUAAAUUCUGGAGAAGAAAUUCAGGAGUAAGAGAAGAUCUUCCUUCUGGCUUAUUAAGACCUAUGGCAACAUGAAAGUGGUAUUCAACCUGGAACACUUUAUUAGAGAGGGAUGGUAGAUUUGGGGGGUAAUACUGAGGUAGAACUUUUCUUAGCCCAGAUUCUAUGCUAGUUUCUUUGACCUUGUUCUGUUAUUGUUACCUUUUGUUUAUGAUUUUAGUUUUUACUUUUUGUAGUUAUGGGAUGAAGUGGCCCUUGUCUGGUAUACAGAGGAAAAAAGAAAUUAAGAUUGUUAAAAAUCCCCUCUGAAAUUACUGUCUAAAUUUAUAUGUCUGCCUUCUAGUUCAACUACAUGAACAGUGAGCCUGGCUAAAGAAGUAGUUUCAUCUGCAAAAUUCCUUCCUGCUGAAAUAUUUGCAAAGAUGUAGUUCUUUCUUUUUUUUCUUUUUGGACUUGAGUAUAAUUUUUAUUUUUAUAGAUUUAAUGUUACUUAUUUCUCAAUUAGUCUCUUUUAUCUCACUAACAAUAUUAUACAUACUAACAUAACUUUGUCUAGGGGUUACUAGAGAGAGCCAUCUCUUUGCUGUAUAAUUCAUUUCUCCUGAGAUAUUGUUAGUAAAGAUGUAGUUCUACCCUUUGACUUUAAGGCCUGAAGGGUGGCUUUGGGAGUUAUACUCAGAUUCAUCAGGAAAGGUUUCUUCUUUCAUCCUCUAUCUAAUAUUCCUUUCCUGUUAACCCUGCUACCAGGCCCAAUGUAUCUGAUCCUUGAAUACCCUUCCAUAACAGCACUUCUCAACAGGGAUGGUAAGCCCAGUCAUGGGAAUUUGAAAUACGUGAGUAUGUUUUUUGGUUAUCAUAAUGAUUGAGGUGCUACUGACCUUGUGGUCCCUUAGGGCCAGGAUGCUAAAUGUCAAAGCAGUCUUUGUCCUGCUUAGUACACCAGAAUUUUCCCCAGUGAGAUCGUGCUCCAAAGAAUGAACACCCAUUUCCUUUAUUUUCCCACAGUACUCCAUGUACAGAAGUAAUCACAGUAAUAAUAUGAGCAACCAUUUUCCAAGCCUUUCCUUGUGCUGAUGCCAUACUGAAUGCUUUGCUUGUAUGUACUUCCUACAGAAAUUCUAUUAAGAGGAUGCCAUAUUGUAGCUGGUGAAGCUGAGGCUUAGAGAAGUUAAACCAAGUAAUUAAAAAGCAGCAUCACUGGGUUUGAACCUACUGGUUUCUGUCACUAGAGGGCGCGUUCUGAACUACUUCUCAGUGCUGCCACUGCUUCAUCUUACAGCAGGCUACCCCUUAGCGGCAGCUAUAGGUAUGUGUAUCUUUCUUCAUUAAGGCCUGGGGUGUAGAGAGGAGGGUGUCGUACAGUGCCUAAGGGAUGUCCAGUCAACUUGUGAAUGAGUUAAGAAGUGUACUUAUGGGGAAAAUCUCAUCCCAUUUGAGAGACUACAGGUCGCAUUUUUGUUGCUUAAAGGUAAUAAAAAAAAUCAGUGUGUUAUUUUUUAAUGUCAAUUAAAGUCAGUUUAAAAAAAAUUACUGGACUUUUACUUUUGUUCAUCAUUUAAAACAACCAUUUUGAACAAACUGAGAAUGGUGCCUUAGCUCUUUAAAUACGACACAGAAUGUAAGCUCCAGGCAGCUGAAGACUAGGCCAUGCCCAGGGGCCUUUUAGUUACUUUCCUAAAGGAGGGAAGCAGCUACUGCCAUUCUUAUCCAUAGAGAAGGGGGCAAGAAAAGAUCCAGAGUGGUUGUUACUUUGAGAGUUCAACAAAAAGAAAAAAGACAAAAUUCUGAACUUGAAUCAGCAAGGCCUCCUGUGACUUACUCAUUUUUCCUUGCUCUGUUUUCACGUCAGUGGAGACACCACAUCUCCCUAACCUCUGACUUCAUCUGUUUUUAGCCACCCUUCGGGUUGUCAGAUCUUCUUAGUCUGUGAGUGGCAUUCUAGGGCAAUUUUGAAUGCAAGGCUAGAUUUCUCCUUUGACUUAGAGCAUUUUUAGGCAGACAUCUGCAUGUGCAAGAAAUGGAAAUAAUAACUGCUUAAUACAAACAUAAGAGGAUGAGGAAAGAACUGAAUAUUACAUAAUCAGGUAUUGAUAGACUUUUGAAUCUAUAUUCUUUAUAUUAUCUAUCACACUGCUCUUUUCCUUUUUAGAAAUAUACUUGGAAACACUUUCAAUGUAGAUAAAUGAAAUCCAGGCUAAACUUCAGGUACCUGGAAGAUUGGGGGGAUUUUGUUUGUUUGUUUAAAAGGUAAUAGACUAAAUUAAGAGGAACUAAGUGAAUGGAGAGCUUGUAUAGAUUUCAGAUGGAUGACGAAAGUGUGGAUGACUCUGUACCUUGAACAAGGCAGUUUGUUCUUGAAAUGGAGUUCAUACGCUUUUGAACUGCACUAAUAACUUACCAUAACAAGUUUAUUACUCCUCAAUUUUUAUAUGUAUUUUCAGUAUUUCUGACCAAAGACUUUGUAGCUAGAGGAAAAAAAAAAAAAACUUGGGCUUUUUGUGAGAUUAUGUUGAAAACAGAUGUUUAUUAAACUUUAAAAUAAGAUGUCUCAAACUAUAGCACUUUAAAGACAUCUUUAUAUGGUAAAUUGCUGAAAGGACUGUUAAUGCUUUUCUCAUACAUGUUGGCAUUUUACGAUUUUGUACUUCAUAGUUUAUUUGAAUUAUAAAAGUAAUUGUACUUUGUUUUAUAAGUCUGUCUGAUGUCUAGCGUUUAGUCCUCAUCUUUAGUUUCUGAUGCUUUUAUUAAACUUUUUA